UAAAAAUUAAAAAAUGAAUAUUUCACUCAAUCAGCUACUAGCUGUACUGAUAAUACCGCUUCACAUUGAAAAACCAACGCCAAAUAUCUCUCCCCUCUCGAUACUGUCGCCAUAACUGCAUUUACAUGUAUCGAGUACGCGAUUAGGAGAAUUAUCGGCUCCACUAGCUACUGUUUUUCCUUCUGCUUCUCCAAAUACAGUGGUUAUGGCUUCCUUAGGCGGCAACCUUAUCGAUCAUACACACGCCUCUCAUAAGUUAUUUUACAGUUUCAGAACCUGUAAUAGGAUCUUCCUUAGAAAAUGCAAUAAUCUGUCCUCGAUUCGUCGAUUUCGAGUUUAUUGCGAAACCAAGAUAGAAGAGAAGAAGGUAAGGAAGUGUUCGCCUCAUUUGGAGAAAGCAUUGCUUGCCAGAAAUGGCGUCGCGCUGGCCUCUGAUGAGUGGAGAGCAGUUCCUGAUAUUUGGAGAACUACAGCAGAGAAAUAUGGUGAUCGGGUUGCGCUUGUGGAUCCGUAUCAUGAUCCACCUACGAAUAUGACUUAUGGACAGUUGGAGCAGGAAAUUUUACAUUUUUCUGAAGGUCUAAGAGUUAUUGGUGUAAAGCCCAAUGAUAAAAUUGCUCUUUUUGCUGAUAAUUCAUGUCGGUGGCUUGUAGCAGAUCAAGGUAUGAUGGCUAUGGGAGCAAUUAAUGUUGUAAGGGGAUCUAGAUCUUCUGUUGAAGAGCUAUUACAAAUAUACACUCACUCUGAAAGUGUUGCACUUGCAAUAGACAGUCCUGAAUUGUUCAAUCGAAUUUCAGAAACAUUUUGUUCCAAGGCAGUUAUAAGUUUUAUCAUUCUACUUUGGGGAGAGAAAUCACAAUUGGCUAUUGGUGGAAUGAAAGGGGUUCCCGUGUUUAGUUACAAAGAGAUUAUAGAAUUGGGACAAGAGAGCCGUAGAACUUUGUUUGAUUCCAAUUAUGCUAGGCAAUACUGUGUGUAUGAAACAAUCAGCUUGGAUGAUAUUGCUACAAUAGUUUAUACUAGCGGAACCACUGGGAAUCCUAAAGGUGUUAUGCUUACACAUAAGAAUUUAUUGCAUCAGAUAAAUAAUCUGUGGGUUGUUGUUCCUGCUGAACCUGGAGAUAGAUUUCUAAGCAUGCUGCCACCUUGGCAUGCAUAUGAGCGUGCUUGCGAGUAUUUCAUAAUGGCACAUGGUGCUGAGCAAGUAUACACAACUGUGAGAAACUUAAAGGAAGAUCUCCAGCGCUAUCAACCAAAUUACAUGGUCUCUGUUCCUUUAGUAUACGAGACACUCUACAGAGGAAUACAAAAGCAGAUUUCUACGAGCUCUACCAUUCGUAAACUCGUUGCACUUACAUUCAUAAAAGUCAGCCUUGCAUACAUGGAGUUUAAGAGAAUUUAUGAGGGAACGUAUUUGACACAGACUCAGAAGCAACCGUCACAUCUUGUUUCACUGUUGGACUGUCUAUGGGCAAGAAUCCUGGCCACCAUCUUGUUUCCAGUGCAUAUGUUGGCUACGAAGCUUGUUUACAGUAAAAUUCAAUCUGCAAUUGGAUUAAGCAAGGCUGGCAUAAGUGGAGGUGGUAGUUUACCUUUGUAUGUCGAUAAAUUAUUUGAGGCAAUUGGCGUGAAAGUGCAGAAUGGGUAUGGCAUGACGGAGUCAUCUCCAGUUACUGCUGCUCGACGGCCUACCUGGAAUGUUCUCGGCUCAAUUGGCCCUCCACUUCCAGAUACAGAAUUCAAAGUUGUAGAUGCUGAAACUGGAGAAACUCUUCCAGAUGGAUCAAAAGGGAUCGUGAAAGUUAGGGGCCCACAAGUGAUGAAAGGUUAUUACAAGAAUCCAUGGGCCACAAAGCAAGUGAUAGAUGAGAAUGGUUGGCUGAGCACUGGUGAUAUAGGUUGGAUUGCUCCUCACCAUUCAAUUGGCCGAAGUCGUCGUUGUGGAGGUGUUAUUGUUCUUGAAGGGCGUGCUAAGGAUACUAUAGUUCUUUCAACAGGUGAAAACGUUGAGCCAUCAGAGCUUGAGGAAGCUGCUAUGAGAAGUGCUCUAAUUCAACAAAUUGUUGUUAUUGGCCAAGAUCAACGUCGUCUUGGAGCUAUAGUUGUUCCAAACAAAGAAGAAGUACUGCGAGCUGCAAAAAUGAUGUCUAUUAUAAAUAGCAAUGACUCUGAGCUCAGCAAGGAACAGCUUACAACUCUUGUGGAUGAAGAAUUGAGGAAAUGGACAUCGGGCUGUUCAUUUCAAAUUGGACCAAUUCUUAUUGUGGAUGAGCCCUUUACUAUUGAAAAUGGGAUGAUGACUCCAACCAUGAAAAUCAGAAGGGACAAAGUCAUGGACAAGUUGAGAGAGCAGAUUGCCAAUCUCUACAAAUAGACGCUUCGUAUAGACUUCAAAAACACUCAUAAUAUUCUUUGCAGAUUGAAAAAUCCGUGGCCCAGCCGAGGCCAGUCCAUGAACUCAUAGAUUUACAUAAUAGAGGGCCUUGUUAAGUAGGCAUAAGAAAAUAGUUUUUUGUGUGCUUCCGGCUUUGUAAUUUAAGUGAAUAAAGGGCCGUGUAAGUGGCCUUAAGAAAAUGAAGGGCCUGGUUAAGUAGCCAUAAGAAACGGAUUAUAAAUAUCUGAUGGAUGCAAUGAUAAUCUCUAAGCAUUAGGGAUUGAGAAUCUAAUUUUAGAUGAGUACCUGUUCGGAUUAAUAAUAGAACUAUCAACAUCAACUUGAUAAUCAAAAGUAUCAUAUUGCGUCAAAUGCUCAAGUAAUAGAGUCCU